AUGGGCUCUCCAAGGCCCUACUCGCCCAAUCUGGAUCACCAGGGUGGCUACUAUCGAGUUCCCUCUCCAGCCCAAAGCGUUAGAAGCGACUCGGGUAGUAAUUAUGGUAUCUCACUUGAUGCCCCGACAACACCAACCGACUCCGUGCGCCGGUACACAUUGAACGACAGCGGGCCGACGGCGUUCGCUGCACCGGAAGCAGAAUCAACUGGUUUUCACGAGGGUCUGGGGACUGAAAAACCGGCUUCGAGACAAGGCAGCAGGACAGACGCUCUACGGCGAUACGGAACGAGAAAAAUUAAGCUUGUCCAAGGAUCCGUUCUCAGCGUCGAUUACCCAGUUCCUAGUGCUAUUCAGAAUGCAAUUCAACCCAAAUACCGUGAUGUCGAGGAAGCUUUCCAUGAGGAGUUCAUGUUCAUGCGCUACACGGCGGCCACUUGUGACCCGGACGAAUUCACGCUGAGGAAUGGAUACAAUUUACGACCAGCAAUCUUCAAUCGACACACGGAGCUGCUCAUAGCUAUUACAUACUACAAUGAAGAUAAAGUGCUAACGGCACGUACCCUUCACGGUGUUAUGCAGAAUAUCCGUGAUAUUGUCAACCUCAAAAAAUCCGAGUUCUGGAACAAGGGAGGUCCAGCAUGGCAGAAGAUCGCAGUGUGUCUGAUUUUCGACGGAAUCGAGCCAUGUGAUAAAAACACGCUGGAUCUCCUCGCCACAAUCGGUGUCUACCAGGACGGCAUUAUGAAAAAAGAAAUUGACGGCAGAGAGACUGUUGCUCAUAUUUUUGAAUACACGACACAACUUUCAGUCACCCCUACACAACAACUAAUCCGCCCACACGGAGAUGAGGCAAGCAAUUUGCCCCCCGUCCAGAUGAUGUUCUGUCUCAAACAGAAGAACAGCAAAAAGAUCAAUUCUCAUCGUUGGCUUUUUAACGCAUUCAGCCGGAUCCUAAAUCCCGAAGUUGUGAUUCUCCUGGACGCCGGUACUAAGCCAGGACCUAAAUCUCUCCUCGCUCUCUGGGAGGGAUUCUAUAAUGAUAAAAAUUUGGGAGGUGCUUGCGGAGAGAUCCACGCCAUGUUGGGAGCCGGAUGGCGCAAAGUUUUGAAUCCUUUGGUCGCUGCGCAAAACUUCGAAUAUAAAAUUUCAAAUAUCUUGGAUAAGCCUCUAGAGAGUUCUUUCGGUUACGUGAGUGUGCUGCCAGGUGCAUUUUCGGCUUAUCGCUACCGCGCAAUUAUGGGUCGCCCAUUGGAACAGUACUUCCACGGAGAUCAUACUUUAUCCAAGCGACUCGGGAAAAAGGGUAUUGAAGGCAUGAAUAUCUUCAAAAAGAACAUGUUCUUGGCUGAAGAUCGAAUUCUUUGCUUCGAAUUAGUUGCCAAAGCCGGCUUUAAAUGGCAUCUCAGUUACGUUAAAGCAUCCAAGGGAGAGACCGAUGUGCCAGAGGCAGCAGCUGAAUUUAUCAGUCAGAGACGUCGUUGGCUGAACGGUUCUUUUGCAGCUGGUCUUUAUUCUAUGAUGCACUUUGGCCGUAUCUACAGUAGUGGGCAUAAUAUUAUUCGACUCAUUUUCCUUCACAUUCAGAUGCUGUACAAUUUCUUCCAACUGAUCAUGACUUGGUUUGCCUUGGGCUCUUACUGGCUUACUAGCACUGUCAUCAUGGACCUGGUUGGUACUCCCGGCGAGUCCAACAAGGAAAAGGGAUGGCCAUUCGGAAACAAAGCCAGUCCUAUCGUCAAUACCUUUGUCCAAUACGGCUAUAUCUUUACUUUGAUGCUACAAUUCGUAUUGGCUCUUGGAAAUCGUCCGAAAGGAACAAAACUUGCUUACACGCUCUCCUUCCUUUACUUUUCUCUCGUCCAAUUCUAUGUGCUUGUGCUCUCCUUUUACCUAGUUGUCAACGCAUUUACCGGCGGCAUUAUGGACUUCAAUUUCGACCAAGGCUUCAGCUCCUUCAUCUCGUCCUUUUUCAGCUCCAGUGGUGGCGGUAUCGUGCUGAUUGCCUUGGCUUCCACAUACGGAAUCUACAUUGUUGCCAGUGUCCUAUACCUCGACCCAUGGCACAUCUUGACUAGCUCGUGGUCCUACUUUUUGGGCAUGACCACCUCCAUCAACAUCCUCAUGGUGUACGCCUUCUGCAACUGGCACGAUGUUUCAUGGGGUACAAAGGGAUCGGACAAGGCUGAAAACCUGCCCUCGGUGCAAACUCAGAAGGACGACGACAACAAGAACAAUUUCAUUGAGGAAAUCAACAAGCCCCAGGCCGACAUCGACAGCCAAUUUGAGGCUACUGUGAAACGCGCUUUGACUCCGUGGGUCGAGCCCAAGGAAGAGAAGACUGUGAGCCUUGACGACUCCUAUCGAAACUUCCGCACAGCCCUGGUUCUGCUAUGGGUUUUCAGUAACUUGCUACUCGUACUACUGAUUACGAGCACGGGCAUAGAUAGACUGUGUCUGACGAAUACAUCUACCGUCCGUACUACAUGGUACUUCAAGGUCAUCUUGUGGGCCACAGCAGAAUGUUAUUUACAUGAAGAGAAGCAGAAGUGUCUCCGUACAGUCAAGGAGCGGCAGAUGGAUUAG